ACAGAAUCUAUUUUACAUCACUUUUAAUUAACUUAAAUCAAAUUAAAUUUUUUCAAUAAAUCAAUUAUAAAUCUUCUUUAUUUAAUUUCAUAUUUAGAUGGAAUGAUUAUUAAUAAUAAUCAUGAAAAUGGAAGAUAUCUUAUGAAAUAUAGUUCAUGCGAACGAAAGGGUUCUUCUUAAAUAAUUAAUGACACAAGGAAAUUAUAAGAAUAGCUAAUAAUGGAAAGCAUGCAGAGGUUUUAAUCAAAGUCUCCUAAGAUAAAUUCUUAAUAUAAUCAAAUAAAUAUUAGUGGAUAUAAAAAAAAUGAUUAAAUUUUAGAGAAAGCAUUUAAAUAAAUAGAGUAAAUAAAGCAUAAGCACUCACAAAACUUUAACGAUUCUCAUUUUAGUCUAGAAAGAAUAGGUUUGAAUCCUAAAUCUUUUCAGUGCAUUGUUUAUAAAAAAUAGCAGAAUAAUUGCAUUAAUCCUAUUUUAGAAUACAUAAAUAGGAAUAACAUAGGUAUUCCUUAAGAAAUUUAAUAUAAAUCAGAAUUAAAAAAGAGUUUAAUUAGCUAAAAGUAAAAAUAAAUGGAAGAACAAUAGAACCAUGAUGAUGCUCAGUAUUAUCCAGCUCAAUAAGAAGCGUAUUCUUUUAUAGAUAAUCGGAGAAGCAAACUAUAAACUAGGUACAAAGAGCUAAAAAAUAUUGAAUAAGAUCAAAAUGAGUACUCUCAAUAAGCAUAUGAGCAGUUAAAGAACAUUUUAAGUCCUAAAAAAAAAAAUAAAUAAGAAAAUGAAUUAGAGCAUUUGAAAUAACACAAUUAGAGAUAUAAAGAAAAGUAUUCUAAAAACCUUUAAAAAAUUUAAAUCAAAAGCUAAAUAUCAAGUGUGGCAUCUCCGAAUAAUUAAUCACCAUUAAGGAUAUUUUCUCCUCCAAAAAAUAUAGAUUUUAAUAACAAGAGUCAGGUUGGGAAAUUAAAUAAAAAUGGUUUAUUAAAUAAGAGCGAUAUUAUUUCUUCCUAGUCAACUCACCUUCAAUCAUAAUAAUAAGAAGCUAUUUAAGAUAAAAAGAAUUAAAAAGGUGGAUUGUAAAAAAAAUUUGAGAAGAAAAGUGAUUAGCUAUUUGAUUAUCUAAAUAAUUCAAAGAAUCCAAUCACUGUCGAAGGAAAAAUAUAUGUUAAAGAUGAUAAUCAAAACAAAUAAAGCCGCUUAAGAUAUUCUAAAGAUGAUUUGAAUAAAUAAGAUUAUGAAUAAAAUGAUGAUAGACAAAUGCGAAAGCAUUCAACUCCAAUUAAAGUUAUUAACGACUUUAAAAAUAAUUUAAACUAGAAUUAAACUAACAAUUUAAAUUAAAAGCACUCAAAAUAGAGAUACAAUAAAUCAUAAGAAAUUUAACAUAUCAAUAAAACAGAAGCGAGUCAAUUAACCUAGUAAGAAUAGCUUUAAAGCUAAAUAAACACAAAUUUCUUAAAUAUUUAAAAUUUAAACUAAAAAAUUAAAUAGUAAAAUACGUCUUAAAUUAUUGAUAACUAGCAAUUCGACGAUUCAUUUAUACUAAAUCAUCAAUCCCAAGUUAAAUUAAAACAAAAUUCUGUAAAUAUUCCAACUCACUCAUAUGAAAUUAUUAUGUCUAAUAAGCAUUCAGAUGUAGAUCCCAAAAACUCUCAACAUAAUUUAAAUAAUUAAUCUGUCAUUCUUAGAUCAAUAGCUGACUGCGAAGAAGCUGAUAUAGCAGUUCAAUAGCAUGAAAUAGAAAAAUAAUGCAAAACAAACAAAUAUCUUAGUAGACUUGGUCUUAAUAAUAAAUACAGUAAAAGAGACUAUUUAAAAGUGUAAAACUAAAGUUAAGUCAAUAAAGAGUUUUUAAAUAUAAAUUUUGAUAGUGAAAAUCUAAAUCCAAAGUCAAAGAAUAUUAAUUAAAUAUCUUCUAAAGUAUAAUGUUCUAGCUAGAAGGCAGGUUUUAAUGAAAAAAUAUAUCCUUAACUAGGAGAUCAAGUCUUUUAAAAUAAGAAACAAAGAUCUUUUACAACUUAAUUUGAAAAUAAUUAGCAUCUAAACAAAUAAAAGUGUUAAGAAAUUCUACCGCUAAAUAUAAAAUAUAUCUCUAAUUCAAAUUAAGAAGUUAAAAAUAGUUAAUAAUCCUAUUAAAACUAUAAUCUAUAGCAUAAAAAUAAAUCACUAUAAUAACAAGUUGCUAAAGAUUAAACACUUUUCUCCCAGCAAAAUUAUUUUAUUAGUCCAGAAUUAUCUAGAAAUAUGAGCAUUCUACAACAAUGCGAAAAAGAAAGUAAAAAUAUUAACUAAUUGUCUAAACUUUGGGAGAAAAACAUAGAUAAAAUGGUACUAGAAAAGAAUAAUUAUGAUUAAUAGUAUAAUAACCUUUAAGAAUAAACUAUCACAGAAGGAAAAACAAACAUAUAUUAAUAUUAUUAAAAAUAAAGAUUUAACACUGAUUUUUGA